AUGGACGGCCCAUGUACAGUAUACCACCUCAUACCCAGGCCCAUUUUUCAUCAGUCGCAAUAAAUGAAAAUUAAAAUAAGUAAACGACGAUGCCCUAGAGUAUAAAACCGAAGCAAACGCUAAAGAGAGACCUCAGUUGCUGGCAGUAUUUUGACAGUUGAGAGACAUUUUCUUAGGUUGAAGAGAAGCAAGAAUGUUGCUCCUGUUUGAAACUCCGGCUGGCUUUGCUCUUUUCAAAGUCUUGGAUGAAGGAAAGCUCUCCAAAAUCGAGGACCUCGGGAAAGACUUUUCGACCCCGGACUCCGCCAGACAGGUUGUCAAGCUGAAAGCUUUUUCGAAGUUUGAGAAUACGUCUGAGGCUUUAUCUGCUGCUACCUUAUUAAUCGAUAGUAAGCCUAGCAAAGGUCUCCGAAAAUUCUUGGGCAGCCAUUGUGAUGGUGACAUUUUAGCUGUUGCGGACUCCAAGCUUGGAAACAUAAUCAAAGACAAGCUGCAAAUUGAAUGUGUUCACAACAAUGCUGUCAUGGAACUCAUGAGGGGAGUGAGGAGUCAAUUGUCUGAACUUAUAUCUGGCUUAGCUUCUCAAGAUUUGGCACCGAUGAGCCUGGGUUUAUCUCACAGCUUAUCAAGAUACAAAUUGAAGUUCAGUCCAGACAAGGUUGAUACCAUGAUCAUACAAGCUAUAAGCUUGUUGGAUGAUCUUGACAAGGAGCUGAAUACAUAUGCAAUGAGGGUAAGGGAAUGGUACGGAUGGCAUUUUCCUGAACUUGCAAAGAUCGUACAAGACAAUAUCAUGUAUGCUAAGACUGUGAAGUUGAUGGGUAAUCGAACAAAUGCUGCCAAGCUUGAUUUUUCAGAGGUGCUUCCGGAAGAGUUAGAGGCAGAAUUGAAAGAGGCAGCCAUGAUCUCCAUGGGAACCGAAGUUAGCGAACUUGAUCUGGAGAACAUCAAAGACUUGUGCAACCAAGUUCUUUCCCUCUCAGAAUACAGAGCACAACUCUAUGACUACUUGAAGAGCAGAAUGAACACAAUUGCCCCAAAUCUAACUGCCCUUGUUGGUGAACUCGUUGGUGCUCGACUAAUAGCCCAUGGAGGCAGCUUAUUGAAUUUGGCCAAGCAGCCUGGAAGCACUGUCCAGAUACUUGGUGCUGAGAAGGCUCUUUUCAGAGCACUCAAGACAAAGCAUGCUACACCAAAAUAUGGACUCAUAUAUCACGCGUCUUUAAUAGGUCAGGCAGCACCAAAGCACAAGGGUAAAAUUUCACGGUCUUUGGCUGCAAAAGCUGCUCUGGCAAUUAGAUGUGAUGCACUUGGUGAUGGUGAGGAUAAUUCCAUGGGCUUGGAGAACAGAGCCAAGCUUGAGGCAAGACUGAGAAGCUUAGAAGGCAAAGAACUAAGCCGUUCUGCAGGGUCUGCUAAAGGCAAACCGAAGAUUGAGUUUUACGACAAGGACAGGAAGAAGGGAUCUGGGGGAUUGAUUACUCCAGCCAAGACUUACAAUCCAACUGCGGAUGCAAUUUUAGGACUAACAGAAUCUCUUUCGAAAGAAAACAAGGAUGAUGGGGCUGUGGCCGAGAAGGAAGUGAUUGAUGUGCCUGUUAUGGAUGAGGAGCAAAAGAGCAAGAAACGAAAGAAGAAGAAGAAGGACUCUGAAAAUGGUGAUGGUGCACAGCCCGAAAGUGAAGCUGUUGGGAAGAAGAGGAAACAAUCAGAGCCAGAAACUGAAGUGGGCAGUGCUAAUGCUGGCGAGAAGAAGAAAAAGAAGAGGAAACAUGUGGAGGAAGGUGAGGAGACUCUCAAGAAGAAAGAGCAGAAGAAGAAGAAAAACAAAGAGUGAACAUGCCAUGUGUGUAAUGUUAAUGGGAAAUUGGUCCUGACAAUUUUGUUGCUCGAGUGAACGAGUGAAGUUAUGAAUGUAGUGGUACGUUAGGCCUUUCUGUUAUGUGGAUUGCAAUCUGAUAAUGUUGACUUUUAAGUUGAAGUGGUUUCUCGUUUGUUUUGGGUGGGGGCUAAGUGUUGAUAUGCUGAAACAAAUAUUGUUUCAAUCAACUAGUUAUUUCAGUGUUCAGUGUCUUGUUUUAAUCCAAUUAGGGUUUGUUUGUUUGGUAUGAUUGGGAUUCGGCUAAAUUUUAGUAUGUAGUGGAUGGAUUGUAUUGUACGGAUGAAUUUUAAUUCAUAUUUGUUAGAUGUUUGUUAACCAUGACAAAACUAGGAUAUGGAAUCGCCAUUGUUUUUUCAUGCAGACUAAAAAUUC